GAGGUAGUCGAUUGCUUGCGCUACAACAUGGAUCCUCGACAGAACCCACAUCAACAUCAGAGCAGCGGCAGACAGCAUCAGAGAUUCUCAUGGCAAAUCCCACCGUCAACACCCCCAGAGGAACCGAUCCAAGCGCACCAAAGUGCGCAGCAACCGCAGCACACCACGCCGUUGAACACGAACAUCGAUGCGCGCCACAACCGCGUCUUCUCCUAUGCGCAGACGCCAGCAGAACACCUAGCAUUUCAAUACAUCCCAUCGCCGAGCGAGCCUGUUCCGCCCCUCCCGCAUCAUUCGCCCACACACCAGCCGCAGUCGCCUACAACACCAAUCGAUCCUCGGCCCCAGUCGGUCUUCCAGCCCGUCGGCGCAGCCAAUUAUUCCGCGUCGCACCCCCAGCAGCCCGUGCCGCAAACUUCGUAUCUAUCCACAUCCCCAGCAUAUGAGGAGAAGCCACCCGUUUCUCCGCUAUCGCCACAUAACUACCACCCCAGCGCCCUCCCACUGUCCCCAGUCUCUCCAGCAUUCCCAGUUACGCCCACCGAUCCGCCGCGGAUAUACACCAGCCAGCCGCAGCCGCAGCAGCAACACCACACCCAGCAUGCGCGCAACCUCAGCAAUCUCUCCCCCCUGAACACAAACAUCCACAGCAAUAUUAACAACAUGCCACCCAUGCCCCCAAUGCCAGCGCAAGCGGACCCCACCCACGCGGCCCCCCUCACCCCCUCCUCCAUCAAGAAAGACCCCGCAGACUUCCACCCCCAAACCCCGCGCUCCUACGCCCACGAAGCCUACUCUCCACACAACGGUAAUGUGUCUGCGACGCAAAAAACGCCUGGCGGCAUCUUCUCCCCGGACUCGGCGCACGGCCCCAACGGCCUCGACUUCGCGCUGCACCAGCCUGGCCAAGUCGCACACCCAAACAUGGAUCUCUCGCCGUCCGGCGCGAAACACGCGUGGACCUCCUCCCUCUGCACACCCUCCUCAGACUGUCUGACCGGCCUGUUCUGCCCGUGCAUCCUCUACGGGCGGACCGCGCAUCGCCUGUCACAGAAAAGCGCGAAGCAGGAUCCAACCGAUCUGCUAGGGUACUCUGCGACGAACGGGCAUUGUCUGCUCAUGGCGGUGAGUUGUGGGCUGUGGUGGGUGUAUCCGAUGGUGCAGCGGGCGCGGGUACGGCAUGUGUAUAAGCUUGAGGGCGACGUCGGGGGGGACUGCGUGAGGAGCGUGUGUUGUUGUUGCUGUGUGGCGGUGCAGAAUGAGCGGGAGGUGAGGGGGCGGGAGGAGGCGAAGAGACAGCAUGCGGGGCCCGCGGCAGGAUAUAAGAGCGUGGGACAGAUGGCGUAUGUGCCGCAGCAUUGAAUUUAAAAAGCGAGAGGUGGUGAAGGGGACUUACAGGGAAAGAGGACGAUGUGGUAGGGGGGAUGGUGGUGGAGAUGAUGGCAGACUCGCUCUUUUACGAUACCCAAAUGUCUUUUCUUUUAGUCUGUACCUGCACCUGCUUAUGAGCAUGGAAUCGCAUAGCAUAGCAAUGUUACAGUG